AUAGUAUCGGCCAAAUCUCCAUUUAGCCGGAUAAUCCUGAUGGAAUAUAUUGAUUUGAUCCGCCCAGCAAUUUCCAGAUUAACUAAAUUGGGGAAACAGCCAUUAGAUAAAUAAAUUCUGGUUUGUUCUCUUGUGGUUGAUCUUCUUCCUCGCUUCGGCUGUAGCGAACAAACAGUCGAUAGCGACAUGAGCGCCGGAGAACUGCUCGAAAUCGAGCCCGCCGAACUCAAGUUUCCUUUCGAAUUAAGGAAACAAAUUACUUGCUCCCUUCAGUUAUCCAACAAAAGCGAUGAUCAUAUCGCUUUUAAGGUUAAGACGACAAACCCUAAGAAGUAUUGCGUGAGACCUAACAAUGGGAUUGUUUUACCUCGAUCCACCUGCGAUGUUGCUGUUACCAUGCAAGCGCAGAGGGAAGCUCCCAUUGAUAUUCAGUGCAAGGACAAGUUCCUUGUUCAGAGUGCUGUUGUUGAGCCGGGCACCUUGGCCAAGGACAUUACUGCAGAAAUGUUCUCUCGGGAGUCUGGCAAUAAGGUAGAUGACGUCAAAUUGAGAGUUGUCUACGUUUCUCCACCGCAACCACCCUCACCUGUUCACGAGGGAUCUGAUGAGGGUUCCUCGCCUAGGGCAUCUCUUUCUGAAACUAAUAAUGCAGAAACUUCAGAACCAGCUGUUCAAGCAAGGGCAUAUGCUACAGAUCAAGAAGAAAAUUACCCGGAGGCGAAGACUCUAGCUUCAAAAUUGACGGAAGAGAAGAACACUGCCGUCCAACAGAGCUUGAUGGAGGAGAAGAACGUUGCCAUCCAACAGGGCAAUAAGCUUCGAGAAGAGAUUGAACUUCUGAGGCUUGAACUGAGCAAAAAGAAGAGCAGUGGAAGCUUCUCAUUCAUAUUUGUUGUAAUCAUGGCCUUGCUGGGAGUGAUUGUGGGCUAUCUUCUCAAAGCUUAGUAAUAUUAUCUUUUCUCUACUAUUUUUGUGGCAUUUUGAAAGCUCUGAUCCAAACAUAUCUUUAUGUUCUCUCUAAUUAUUUUAGUUUUUAGUGUGGUUUGAUUGAUUUUAACUGACACCGUAAUAUAUAAAUUGUGUAUUAUUGCAUCCAUUAAUGUUUCAGUUUAAGUAU